AUUUACCAGAAAUCAUCACAGUCGACUCAAGUAAAAAUUGUAAGCCUACAGGUUGUUUGUUAUUUAUUCAUAGUCUAUUAACAUGGACAAAAAUUUAGUUUUAAACUUUAAAAGAAGCAUAUUUUAUCAAAGCUAACAAAUUGAAAGCCACUUGAUCGGAAAAAUUGAAUAAUAUUUUUUUUUUUUGGCGAAAACAGUUUCAUCAACCAUGCUUCAUGGAAAGUAUUUUUUAUUCCUUAUUAUGACUUGUUUUUUAACUUUUUGUCACUGCAAUAUGAAUAUACAUCGUGCCUUACCUGGUAGCCCGCUUCAUAAAAGACAAAAAAAUUAUUUAUCCAAAAAUUUACAGUUGAAAAGUGAUGAGAAUUUUAAAGUCGGCAUUAAUGAUUUGACAACUGAAGAAGAGGAAGAAGAAACAGACGAAAGUUGGGAUAUUUAUCAGCAAAAAAAGCGGUUUGAAACACCAUGGUUAUAUGCUAUCUCUGCAGCCAUUUUAGUUGGUUCAACUGGAGUAUUUCCACUUUUGCUUUUUAAAUCUAAUCCUGGCCAUUCAUUAAAAGAUUCUGUUUCUCCAGCUCAUUUAAAGAUCCUGUUAAGUUUUGCUGUUGGUGGACUACUAGGUGAUGUAUUUUUGCAUCUUCUUCCAGAAGCUUGGAUGUUUAUUGAAAAAGACAUUAAAAAUCAUAUGGGACACUUUAAAGUUGGUAUAUGGGUAAUUGUUGGUUUUCUUUGUUUUCUUUUCAUUGAAAAAAUUUUUGCAGAAGAAGAAAAAGUCAGAGAAUUCGAAAAUAAAGGGAAAAAUAAGCAUCUUGAAUAUGAACAACUUUUUUUUCAACACGAUCCUGUUUCCAAGAGUAAUGAUACAAUAUUAGACAAGAAAUUGUGUAAUGAAGAAUUACGGUUGAGGCAUCAUUUUGGUAACUGUAAAAUUGGAGAUAGAGAUAAAAACACAUCAAAAGAAGAAAAUAAAAAUAUUUCUGAAGAACAAGGAGACUUCCAUAAAGAACAAGAUGAAAACAUUUUUGAAGAGGAAGAUAAAAAUGAUGAAGUAUACUCAGAAGCAAAGAUAAAAGUAAUUGGUUAUUUAAACUUAUUAGCAAAUUGUAUUGACAAUUUUACGCAUGGCCUUGCUGUAGCUGGUAGUUUUAUGGUCAGCAUACCUGUUGGUUUGUGCACUACGCUUGCGAUUCUUUUGCAUGAAAUUCCUCAUGAAAUAGGAGACUUUGCUAUUUUACUUAAUGCUGGCUUCACACGCUGGGAUGCUGCUAAAGGUCAAUUUUUGACAGCAUCAGGAGCAGUUUUUGGUUGUGUAUUCGGCUUGUUUGCUGAAGAAGCAGGUGACUCUUCAGCUUGGGUUUUGCCUUUUACAUCUGGCGGUUUUCUUUACAUUGCCAUGGUAACUAUUGUACCUGAUCUCCAAAAAGAAGAAUCGCUUCGCGCCUCUUUGCUGCAAAUAACAGCUUUGUUUUGUGGAUUGUUUGCCAUGGCAUUUGUUUCAUCGCUUCAUCACUAAAGUAUUUUUUUGUUUUGUUUUUUAAAAUACUUGAUAUCUUCUUAAAAUAUUUUAUAGUUUUUUGAUUGGAAUAAAUACAUUAUAUUUAGUGUUAUUCUAGAACAUUUUUUUUGUGUGUGACCAUGUAAAAUUUUAACAGUCGAUAGUUAUCUUUUCUAGAAACAGUAAUAAAAAAAUGUAUACGCGACGAAAAUUUAUUCAUUUACGAUAAAAUUUAUUCAUAUACGAUAAAAUUUAUUCAUAUACGAUACAAGUUAUUCAUAAACAAUAAUAUUUCAAUAAUAUACUUAAUACAUAAUUCAUACACAAUUCAAUUACAAAUUAUUCAUACGCGAUAAAAAUCUUUUUGAACAAAAUCAAUCUUACUAAACAAAUACUGUUUCUCUAAAGUUUUUAUAUAUACAUAUUUUUUUGAAUAUGACAGAUUAUUAGAUAAAUUAUUUUGUGAAAAAAAUAUAUUUUUUAUCUUGAACAAUGUUAAUUGGAUAAACGAAAUAAAAUUAUAUUUUAUUAUAACUGCAGAAUUUUGGAUUUUUGUCUCAAAAAUGUUGUUGCGCUUAUGUCGAUACAUUUGACUAAAUGUCCUUUACAAACCUCAAAUUUAUCAAAAAGUAAAAUGAUUAAUUAAGUUGAAUAAAAAAAAAUAAAGGCUAAUUUUUAUAAAUGUAUUCCAUAAAUCUUUUUAAGCUCUUAAAAUUAGUUGGUAGUACUUCAGGAAUUCGCAAAUUAGUCGAGUAAGCACGACAGUAUCGACACGAUAGUGUCGACGAUUUAAUAUAAACUUUAAAUAUGAUUAUUUUUAUUGAAAUAAAAAAAUGGCUUGA